CUUGACAUUUAGAAUCUGGAAUUAUGGAACAAAUGCUGUUAUGAUUUUAAAGAAAUAAUACAUUGGAUUAAUAUUAAUUUUGAAACUUUUAUGUGAAAAGAAUUGUAUCGUAAUUAAAAUGUUGCGCCCGGAUGGUGAGUUUCCAAUAAAAGAAAGUGUUACUAAAGAUGAAGAGAGAACAUGUCCCAAGAAAAAUAAAAAACAUCAUAUUGAAGGUGCUGGUAGCAUGGAAUUAAGUUCCUAUAAAAAUCCAAAAACAUGGAAAAAAUCUAUUACUAAUUUCUUUCGCAAUCAACUUCGUUCGACGAAAUCAAAUGAUGGAGACCUACCUUCCGAAAGCAAACAAAAUUUCGAGAAUAAAGAUAUCAGUCCAGAGCAAAAGUGGCAAUCUUUGGGAAAAAUUUUUAGAAGGCAAAGUUUUGCUGAACAUUGGAAUAAAUCUGAAAAUCAACAAGGAGAAUGUUCAAGUGGUCAAAGUAAAAGGGUUGCUGUUAGGAAAGUUAUAUCCAGUUACUUCGGAAAAUCUCAAAAAUCUAUGUGCCCUGAAAAUGAUAAAUAAUUUUAUUGUUAACACAAUUAUUAUAUAUUAAAGCGGACUAUUGAUUUG